AUGGAGAAGCCGUUCGCUGGACAAUGGCUGUACGAUGAUGAAGAUCUCGCCCCAGUCAACGUCCUAUGGAAAGCAAUUUUCUGCCCUUGCAUUGUUUACGGUCGAUCCAAAAAGAGCUACGGUGAUGCUGUCAACAGGGAGUAUGAAUGUGAUUCACCCCCAAAUGGCCAUGUCAGAUUCAGAGUGUCCCUUUGCAAGUCAACCACUCUAACAUGUCUAGUCUAUGGUAUCUUGAUCUCCAGACUGCGUUCAGAUGUUCGCGAUCUCUACAACAUCCAAGGAACCCGUAAUGAUGACAAAUUAUAUGGCUGCUGCUAUCCAUAUGACACCCUCAUUCAGAUCGAACACGAACUCAUCAAUCAUGGACAUCAUCGGAGACGCAGUUGCUGUGGGUAUGAGACCGAACCUUCAAUGACCACAUCCUUGAGCACUUCUAGAUCGCACAGCAAGGUCACCACUUGUGAUACGGAACCCGAUGAAAGCCUUCCAUGCAUUCCCGAAGGUUCAUCCGAGUGCACGUCUUCAGCCUCAUCUGCAAGUAGCCGAAGCAAGCCCCGGGAGAAAUCAAUCGCUCAAGAUCCGGUUGCACCCACCGACGCAACGCUUGACCACAGUCAUGACCUCUCCAAAGAUCCAAAAGGACCAUAUCGAACCAACGCACCUCACCGGUUGAAGGAUGACAGUUCUGCUCCUGUGUAUCCUCCUUCAAUUCAUCAACUUCGAACCGAUACAAAGGCACCUGCCAGUCCACCUGCAGUUCAUCGACACGAUUUGUUUCAGGACGCAAGCGAGACGAAUGAGACCCAACCCAAUCACGACAUUGGAUUCGAUCGAGUUGAAACAUACCGAGCUAGUCCUGAUCAUCAGCUUGGGCAAGACGAAAAGACACCAGGAGCGUUUCCUUCAUCUCAUCAUUUGCACCAUGAUACGGUGAUCCGGACCAAAGCACCACGGCAGCACAUGCUUGAAGAUGAUGAGCAAGGUCCGAGCAGGUCGGUAACUCGUGGACCACACCAUCUUCAUGAGGACAAAGUGUAUGUUGUUACUGAAGCAUUGGUGCAAGAUGUCCAGACUUUAUGGUCACAUAUGGUCUCUGAGUUGGCAGGCUAUGCAUGCGACCAGGUCAAAUUUGUGGCAAACGCCGAGCGAAUGUUACUGUCCCGCCUCCCAGCCUCCGACUUGCAGCUCGAUGCAUCGGCGUUGCACAUAAGUAUCAUCAAGAGGGGUCCGACACGGACACGACGCGAGAGUUCGCGGGUGGUCUGGCCUUUAAUAGGACCCGUUUCAGUGGAGGCAAUAGCUGGUUGGCGAUCGUCAGAUCAGCUGAAAGACGACAACCAAUUGGAUUUCUGUGUCUGCCAAGGUUGUGAUGAGACCAUGGUCGCAUAUUGGCGGCCAUGCACAGAGCUGGCUGGGCACAACAGCAAGACGAGUUUGGGCAUUGAGUUCAGGCUUGCACAGAUCAAGGAACACGACACUCGCGUUAUAUUAAAUGUCUUCAUCCUGCAUGCUGAAUCUCCCUUGCAUUGGCGCUCAACGCGACGAUUGGAUACGACAUGGAGCAGACUGGGUUGA